AUGACCUCUACAGCCGGCUUGUUACGGUUCCUCAGUGUACCGGAGAACAAAGCAUACGCAAAGGAAGUAAUUAGAAGAGUAACGGACGACUACGACAACACCCAGGACCUGGCUUCAUACGGAAAGAGAAACAUACACGUCGAGAAAAAGAAAGACGGUCACUCGGCCAUUCUGGUGGAAACCAACGUAGACGAGAACGACCAGCAAGAAACCAUAGAACCGUCGUUUGUUCUGGCAGGCAUACUGGUACAGAGCAACCUGCCGCCUAUAAGAACACAGAACCAGAUACCCGAAGUCGCCAUGUCCGCCAUGCAAGAGAUAUCCAUUAUCGCCGCUGACGACGAGACUUUAUGCAAUGUUAUAACGGCUAUAGAAGAUAUACACGCUCUGUUCGGUCUAGAGUUCCCGAGCGGGGCCUUGAAGCAUACUAAGCGCGAAUCGUUUGAAGGUCAACAAGGACUUACGUUCGGCACGCGCUACUUCACUCCGUCCCACGUCUGCAAAGGAGAGACCUCUGAGAACCUUCCCAAGGCGAUCGACCCGUUUGGUCUACUAACCAAGGCGGUAGGGGGGAGAGGAAAGCACCUCCAAGACAAUAUGGUCAGAUAUCACCAGCACAAGAUAAACGCGGCCAAAUCAAAGUGGGCGAGAACCGAGCCGAGCAGAUUCAGAGUCGGCCAGAUUGUUCAACUCGAGGUAUCGUUCCGUGUCGUGCCGACCAACGACAAGAUGAUGUAUCGUAUGGUGCCGUUGUUGCGGAGUAUCGCACUUCUGGACAACGAACUCUACAUGGACUGGCUGAGCAGAUUAAAGUCGACAAAGAGCAUCACUACCCCCCGUACCCAGCUCAAGAGGAGCACUGCGUACGACACCGACGACGCGACUCCGUUCACCGCACCUCCAAGUAAGAGGAUGAGGCAGGUGCCUACGGAGGAUAAUCAGUAUGACGACACCAAUCCGGAAGAGUUCGACGGGAACAACGCGGAGGCCGGAGCGCAGGAUGAUGACGAACCGAAAGAGUUGGACGGGAACAACGUGGAGGCCGGAGCGCGGGACGAUGACGAUCCGAUGAUCCACGGGUAG